AUGCCUUCCGUCUCCCAGAGCUAUGAUGUUCUUAUUAAUUUUGUCAACGACACAUCCGAUUGCGUUUCAAUCCAACUCUUGAGGGACUACGGACGAGAAGGCGGCGCCUUUACCAUCAUCCAGCCGUCUGAUUCAGUCACCCUCGUGCUCGAAUCCGGGUCCCUCUAUCAAUACUGUCUAAAGACACAAGUCAACGUCGCAAGUGUGAUCGUGCGCCCCUGGAGAGACAUUCAUUGCAAUGUGUCUAUUCUUUUCAUUGACGGUACAUCAUCCCACACCGCCGACUACCCAUCGUCCGUUAGCGGAAUCAUCGUGGAUCGUUUAUGGCGAGACCAUCGGUUCAGUAUAUGGGAUAACCCUUAG